AUACGGUGGAGGAGAGGGGAGGCGGGGAAAAAGCAUGCGAAUUAUUCGAGGCGGCUUUAUGGUCGGACGGAUCACCCCCAGCAAGGAGCCGCCACCCGCCACUCCGCCAGAGCAUUGCAGCGCCAGCCACCUCGCCCCCUCUCGCUGUCCCGCACCACCCGCUCCGAGGGAAGGAGAGGUAACCGGUGGCGGGCGCGGCGGCGAGCGGAGAUCCCGGGAACUCCGAUCGAGCGCAAGCGGCGGGACCUGCGGGAGCAGAGAGCGCGCAGGGAGGAGAAGUGAGUAGCGUGGUUCGAUGGUAAGGGAGACGGGAUACUACGACGUGCUGGAAGUGAGCCCGACGGCCUCCGAGGCCGAGAUCAAGAAGGCAUACUACGUCAAGGCGAGGCAGGUCCAUCCGGACAAGAACCCAGAUGAUCCGCUUGCGGCGGCGAGGUUCCAGGAAUUGGGGGAGGCAUACCAAGUGCUCAGUAAUCCCAAGCAGCGUGAAGACUAUGACUUACAUGGGAAACCUGGUAUUUCAACGGAAGCGAUAAUUGAUCCUGCAGCAAUUUUUGCGAUGCUGUUCGGUAGCGAGCUUUUUGAGGACUACAUUGGUCAGCUGGCGAUGGCAUCCAUGGCUUCACUUGAUGGUUUUACUGAAAACGAACAGAUCGAUCCAAGAAGGUUGCAAGAGCAAAUGCGAGUUGUACAAAAAGAAAGAGAGGAGAAACUUGCAGAGGCACUAAAAGAUAGGUUGCAUCUUUAUGUUCAAGGAAACAAAGAGGAAUUUAUCCAGUAUGCUGAUGCUGAGGUUACUAGACUCUCUAAUGCCGCAUACGGUGUUGAUAUGUUGAGUACUAUUGGUUAUGUGUAUUCGAGACAAGCUUCUAAGGAGCUUGGAAAGCAAGCUAAAUAUCUUGGUGUUCCAUUUAUUGCUGAAUGGUUCAGAAACAAAGGGCAUUCUAUUAAAUCCCAAAUAACUGCUGCAACAGGUGCAUUAGCUCUUAUGCAGCUGCAGGAAGACUGGAGAAAGCAUCUCAGUGAUGAGUGCCACUACAAUGAAGAGGAACUGGAGGCUUACAUGCUGACACAUAAGAGUGUUAUGGUGGACUCGUUAUGGAAGCUUAAUGUUGCUGAUAUAGAGGAAACCCUGUCACAUGUGUGUCAAAUGGUGCUUCAUGACAGCAGUGCCAGGAAAGAGGAACUGCGAGUUCGAGCUAAAGGAUUGAAAACUUUAGGCAAAAUAUUCCAUCAAGCCAAGCUUAGCACUGCUGAGGGAGAUCCAGCAGCAAUGAAUAAUACAAUAAAUAACUUGGAUGAGAAUGAUGAUAGUUCACCGGAGUCAUCUCCAAGAUCUCCCAGGGACCAAAUGUUCGAUACAAACCCACCUUAUUCCCAGAGUCCAUACGUGGAGGCCCCUGAGUUGGGCGGGUAUUUUUCCUUCGACUUCCCAAUGCCUAUCGCUCCGCCUGGCGCGCAGAGGGACCCUAUUCCGUGACCGCCGUGAGUGCGGCGGCUCUGUUUUGUGUGGAUCGUCAUUUUGUACAAUAUUGCCUGUGUAAAUCAUUUUUAUCUGUAACAUUAGUAGCAGUAGUGUGAGACAGCAGCUUGGCACCCAUUGCAUCUUUUCUUUUCUUUUUCUUCGUGUAAUCAAUCAAUCAAGCAUGCGACGACGGCAGCCUUGUGUUGUUCGUAGGGCUUGGUCUGCUUCUGGCCACGGGUCAGCCAUUGGUGUACAUGAACUACCACCUCUUUGUUUCUUGUGUUU